GAGGAGAUCAUUCAGCUGAAAUAAGUACUUGCGUGACAAUGGUGCAAGCGAAAAGUUCAUCAAAUGUAUCAUUGGAAGAUGCUUUGGAAAGAACUGGAUACGGUAAAUUCAAUUGGAUUCUGAUUAUUCUGUCGGGUGCGAUACUAGCCGCUGUUUUGCUGGAAACUGUUCCCAUCAACCUUAUGUUACCGGUUGCACAGUGCGACUUACAAAUGACGAAUCAGGACAAAGGAUUACUAAGUGCAAUCGGAUUCGUUGGUAUUAUUGUGUCGUCACAUCUUUGGGGAUUUCUUGCCGAUACUCGUGGAAGGAAGAAAAUUAUCGUUACGUCACUAUUUAUCGCCUUCUUUACGACCGUCAUAUCAACAUUCACCCAAUCGUAUUGUUUGUUGGUUGUGCUGAGAUUUCUGAAUGGAUUUUUUAUUUCAGGGCCUUCCGCAACGACAUAUGCGUACCUGGGGGAAUUUCACUGCCUCAAAUAUAGAUCGAAAGUUAUGUUGUUAGGCUCAUUUACGUAUGGACUUUUCUGCUAUUACAAUCCAAUUUUUGCUUCGUUUAUUAUAAAUCAGGACUGGACAUUUUAUAUUGAACCAAUCGACUUAGUUUUCAAGCCGUGGAGGUUAUUUAUGAUUGUCUGUGCCAUUCCAAGUGUCUUAUGCGGAUGUGUUAUGCUAUGUAUGCCCGAAUCACCAAAAUUUACAUUCUCCCAGGGCAAUGAACAAGAAACACUCAAAAUUUUGCAGAACGUCUACUCCUGCAACACAGGAAAGCCAGCUGAAUCUUUCGAUGUAACAUCACUGGCUAAGGACGAAGAGUUCGAAGAUGAAAAAGUGAAGCAAAAAAAUUUGUUUCAUUUUAUGUGGACACAGACGGCUCCACUGUUCAAGCAUCCCCAUCUAAAAAAUACACUGACCGUAUGUAUCAUACAAUUCUGCAUCUUCAAUUCAAGCAAUGGAUUCUGGACGUUUUUCCCAGAAAUUACAAAUAGGAUCGCUAUUUGGGAGAAUGAUGCAUCACAUGUAUCGUCUACUGUAUGUCAUAUAUUGAACGACACAAAAAUUAUACCAAACGAAAAUGCCGAGUUGUGCGUGACAAAACUGGACAGUACUGCCUAUCAAAAUAUUUUCAUUUUAAAUUCGAUCUACUGUUUUGGAGGCCUGUUUUUAUCGCUGAUUAUAAAUCGUAUUGGAAAGCUCAUCAUAAUAACGACACUACUAUUCACCUGUGGAGUUAGUGGAUUUUCAUUGAUCUUUGUAAAUCAGCCUAUGGUUUCGAGCUAUUUGUAUAUCUUUCUAUUGGCCGUUGGCGUGGCAAUACCAGUAUUGAACGCAUCGACGGUUGAACUCUUUCCAACGAAAUUAAGAGCCAUGGCAUUGUGCUUGUCUUUAAUGUCUGGUCGAAUCGGAAGUGUUAUUGGAGCGAACUUAAUUGGAACAAUGCUUGACAACUAUUGUGACUACACAUUUGUGAUGCCUACAAUUCUUUUGAUAUCGAGCGGCUGUCUUGCCUUUACAAUUCCGAAUAUUUCGAAAAGAAACAUAAAAUAA